AUGGACAGCUCUGGAGAAUGUACUAGUCCUUACACAGAUGCUAGCCCUAGCUUUUUGGCAAUGCUGCAAGAAGUGGAGCCUCGGGUGGCUCGUCGCCGCCUUUCUCAAGCCCGACACCGUGCAAAGCUGGCUGGUCUUUUCAAUCAUCUACGAGACACAGUAUGUCCUCAGUCCAAGAGGACCAAGAGGACCACUUCAAAAUGGCAGGUACUGCGUAAGACAAAGAAUUACAUCUUGGACUUAGAACGAAAGCUAGAAACUUUGCUGAAACUUAAAGAAACAUAUCACUUGGAAGAUGGUCAUCCGUCAAACCUGGAAGAAGUAAAAGAGCAAUACAUCAGUUACUACAAGGAGCAUUGUGACUUGGCAUCAACAAAUCUACCUGGUAAGACGAGGAUGGCUCUUUGGCAGUGGCUGAGAGAAUACAGAGGUCACCCUGCAGAGAGUGAUUUGAAACCAGUUUAUUCCCAGUCUCCUGUGAAAUCCUCAGCAGAUCUCAUAGAAUUUGAAGGAUACUUGAAUUUUUACAAAGAAACCGUGGACCUUUUAGUGGAGAAUAGGAUAGUGUCCAUGGAACAGAUCACCCUCCCCAUUGUAUCAAAAGCAAUUUCACAUCUCUGGCAGAACAUGUCUGGGGAAAAGAAGACAGACAUCUUCAAAAAAUGUUCUCAAAGGGUGUGCUUGUCUCCAGAAGAGCAAAUCACAUUGCCGAUCCCUUUACAGAGGGACAGAACUUUAGACAGCCAGGGAGCAAGUGGUUCAUCAGAAUCCAAUCACGAUGAGAUGCUUUUUGAAGAUGCAUUUGAUUUAGCUUCAGGAUUCUUGGUAAAACCAGAGCUGAAUGCACAAACAGGAAUAAAACGGGAAAGCAGGUAG